UUAAGGUCGCCAUUUUCAACAAUUUGAGGAGACGACUACGGCAGACUGUCCAAAAUUUCAUAAAUUUUGCUGACAUAAGACAAGUUAAUCUUCCAAAAUGAUGCAAGGUUUAACAUGGACGAGUUUAAAGCACCAUAAAGCGUUGAUUCCGCUGUUUAUAUCAGUAGGAACAGGAGCAGCAUUUGCAGCAUUCUAUGUGGCUAGGUUGGCAUUGAAGAACCCAGAUGCAACGUGGAGGAGAGGCAGCAACCCUUACCCAUGGCAAAACAUAAAACCAAACCAGAAUAUCAAGUUCUACUCGGCAGGCAAGAUUGACUUUCAGAACCUUAAAAAGAAUGGUCCUGAAUUUUGAGUGUACAGAGUGUGGAUUUAUUGUGUAACGAUUAUAUAAUACUUGUGUAUAAUAAUAAUUAAAAAAAGGCAAUGCAGAUACUGUUUUAUUCACUGAACGCUUCAGAUUAAGAAUUCUGCUCAUCUGGAGUGACUGCAAUUUUUGAAUUUAUACAGGUGGUAUUUAAUUCUUAGAUGGAGUACAUUUUCGUUCAGUAUUUUGCCAUUUUGAUACAUAAAUUGAUUUGUAUUCUUGUUAUGAAAUACACAUUUCCUAUUACAUAUAUGAAACCCCAACUUCUUUAAUAUUGCAUUAAGCACACAUUGCUCUGUGGGAUUCCAGGCAUUUUACAAAUAUCUUUUAUCUUUAGUAAUUUUUGUUUUUGAUAUCUAUUCACUUGUCCGAAAUAUGUGUCAAUCUGUUUCAUAUCGAUGCAGUUUAGAAAGAGGAAAAUAGGGCUGUUCUGAAUUAUUGGUCCUAAAGCACAAAUAUGGAAAUAGAGAGGGUACAUGAAUGGGCUGAACUUUACUAAGCACAAACUAUCAGACAGCUCUCAAGGUAAAAUAAUGUUAUUAAAUUUUUUUUUGCUCAUUUUCCUGACUGAGUUAUUAAUAGGAGCUUACAUGUAAUACAACAGCACAAACUUAAAAAAAUAAUUUAUUUCUCUUUUCACACUGCCCUGACUGUGUAUUGAACAUGUUCUGAACCUAGCAGAGCACAAAAUGUGAUAUUAUCUACCUGGCAACAUUUUAAGUGUUUCUGUAUAUUUCUGUUUACAAAUCGAACUUGUUACUCCAAUGAGACCUACAAUAUUGUACACCUGUCUUGCAUAUUUGUAGUAAGCAUUCUCCAGAAAGCAAUAUGCCUUAUGUUUGUAAAGCGAUAGAAAAUUGUUUCAAUAAACAUUUGUUGUAAACAAGAAA